CAGCCUCCCCCGGCCUCCCCAUGUACCGAUAGCGAAACCCCUGUCGAUAGGAGCCUUGUCAGUACAUAUCGUACCUGAGUUAGCACCCCAUCGCAACCCAUCGGCGUACAUUAUCGAUAGGCUGAGGAUAGGCUAGGGGGGAAGCUUGCCCGACCCGCAGGCGCAGAGGCGGAACGUUUACUAUUAGGCGGGUUUAAAGCUGAUCCUUGGCGACAUCAUCGAAAUGGUAUGCCGUUUAUGGCCUUGGACAUUUACACUACAUCCCCAAACAACUACAUAGUACAUUACUCCUUCAUCACUUGUCACUUGCAUUGAUGAUAAUCACCUUUCUUUGUCCUCAAAGCUUACAUACACACCCUAUGUAAGGUAAACCUAGCGCCUAGGUUUUCUUUCCUUUGCCGUAGUAGAGAAACACGUCCUGCUUGCAACGGAUCGCCGUCCCUCUCUUUCCGCUUCCAUUACGCCGGUCCGAGUCUUGUGACUGAUCGUAACGACAAACCCUCAUCUCGUCUCGUCUCGUCUCCUUUCGUCUCCUUUCCUUUCCGAUUUGCAACCUUUGUUGUAAUGUCUUCCCCGCCCUGGGACUACAUCGCCAAGCUCGUCUGCAUCGGGGACUCGGGAUGCGGUAAGUCGUCGCUCACGAUCCGGCUCUGCGAGGGGCGCUUCAGCCCGCAGCACGACGUCACCAUCGGCGUGGAAUUCGGCUCUAGGAUCGUCCCCGUUGGCCCGCCGCAUUCCAAACACUCCUCCAAAUCCUCCGCGGCCGACGGGGGCCUUCCCGAACCCCCGCGCGCCUCCCCACCGCAAAAGCACAUGAAACUAUCCCUUUGGGACACAGCGGGACAAGAAACGUAUAAAUCCGUAACCAGGUCCUACUUCCGCGGCGCAUCCGGCGCCCUCCUCGUCUUCGACAUAACCCGGAAAUCGACAUUCGCCCACGUAACCGACUGGCUAAACGACCUGCGCGCCAUCGCCGACCCCGACAUCGUGGUGAUCCUAGUCGGGAACAAACUAGACCAAGCGCAGCCCGCCUCCGAAGACGAUAACGAUAACGCCCCUAACAAGCGCGAAGUAACGACCCAAGAAGCCACCGACUGGGCCCGCCGCAACGGCGUCCUGCAAUACGUCGAGACGUCGGCCAAGUCGGGCGAGAACGUCGAGGAAGCUUUUAUGCGCGUCGCCGAGCGCAUAUUCGAGAACAUCAACGCCGGAAAGUACGACCUUAACGAUCGCCGCUCCGGCGUCAAGGGGCCUGGGCCCGGCGGCGCGAAGAACGUCCGGUUAUCUGCCGACGCGGGUAGGGGUAUGACGGGUGGCUGUUGUUAGUUAGUUAGUUGUUCGGAUCGGAUAAUAUAAGAGAAAGGAAAGGGCAUGGACAUGAGUUAGCAAUUUGGGUUAUGUGUAUCGGCAGCUCUCAUGUCAGACAUAGGGGAGUUUGACCGGAAAGACCAGACGUCUAUUUAAGGUCGGGUCCGGGUUUGCGACCGUACUGUACAUAUACUUGCACACACUGGAGGCAUCGCAUACGCAUUCGAUGAUACCCUACGUAAUGUCUACUUUGAAACAUCAACUACGAUAAGAUGGCACUUCACCACUGCGACUAUUUCUAAACUCCUUCGUUAGGCACCGUGAUCUACUGCGAAAUACCACAUAUUUCUUGGAAGAAAAGGACAAUAGGCGUU